AUGACAAAAGCUAUACCAAGAAUUGGUUCACGUAGGAAUGGGCGUAUUGGUUCACGUAAGAAUGGACGUAGAAUACCAAAAGGAAUUAUUCAUGUUCAAGCAAGUUUGAACAAUACUAUUGUAACUAUUACAGAUGUACGAGGUCGAGUGGUUUCUUGGGCCUCCGCUGGUACUUCUGGAUUCAAAGGCCCAAGAAGAGGGACACCCUACGCUGCUCAAGCAGCAGCAGUAAAUGCUAUUCGUACUGUAGUUGAUCAGGGUAUGCAACGAGCAGGAGUCAUGAUAAAGGGUCCUGGACUUGGAAGAGACGCAGCAUUACGAGCCAUUUGUAGAAGUGGUAUACGACUAAGUUUCGUACGUGAUGUAACACCUAUGCCACAUAAUGGAUGUCGACCUCCUAAAAAAAGACGUGUGUAG